UGAACUGGAAUAAUCAAUAAUUCUGUUAUUACUGCAGUACUAUUAUAAAGUUGUUUUAUGCCAUUACAAAACCGAAAAAUAUUUAACACACCUUAACAAACCCUUCUCCUUAAUAUUCCAUCAUGGAGAUGGUAAAACCAAAAAAGAAGAAAACAAAAAAGGUGGUACCAAGUCAAGAAAAUGUUCCACUACAUGAUAUACUAAAUACUGACUCCGGGGCCGAAGAACCAUCAAAGUCCAAACAAAAGCCACAUGGUACAGACAGUCCGAAGCAAAAAAAGAAAAAGAAAAAUGAAGUUUCUCCAGAUAUCCAGUCAGCUUCUGUUACUACAGUUGAAGAACUCAUAGAAAGACCGACAUCAGCUGGGAAGCAAGAUGCUUGGCAAGGCCAAGGAGAUUCUACAGCAAUGGAGGCAGGUCCUUCGCAGAUGCCUCAGAAAAAAAAGAAUAAAAGCAAGAAAAAGUCAUCUGGGGUUGAAAAUCCUGCAUUAUCAUUGGCUGAUGAGGCGGAACUACCAGGAAGUGUACCUGACCUUCAGGACACAACAAUUGAUUCAAUGCCAGCAGCUUUCUCACCCCCUGUAGCAAGCAGUACUAUACUCGAUGAUGAUGACAAUGAGGAUGAAAACAAAGUUCCUUCCACUGAUACAACCAAUGAGAAUGAUGCUGGGAAUUCAAGGUCACGACCCACAACCCCAAGAUCCAAAAAUGGAUCUACACCUGGUACACCGGCAUCAAAAUUCCAUCGAACAUUAUUUGGAAGACCGAAGAGUGCAACAAAGGUGGCUCCAGCAGAUGGAAAAGAAAACGCCAGUCGUCCAUCAACAGCCCCGGGGUAUAGGGUUCCUUUCCAAACGGAUUUUUCACCGAGUCCUGCACAGAAAAGACCUGCAACAGCUGCUGCUCACGGAGCAAGGUUGUCAAAAUCUGGACGCAUGGAUAUGCCAGGUUCACAAAGAUCAUUGAGAGAGAAGUCUUUCAACACCAGCACACGUUCUUUAAAGGAAGGUCCUGAAAUUGAGUCGCCGAAACAAGCAGUAGCUUACGUACCGUACAUGCACGCACGGAACGCACUUACUCGUGUUAUUGACGACAUGAAAUCAAUGAAAAUGAACCAUUUAUCAAUCGUGGCACAGAUUGAAGAACAAUAUCAUGGAAUUGAAAAUGACUCAAGGGAACAAUUCAAUACAUUUGUAAUAUCACUGCAAGAUGAACACAAGAAUAAACUCAAUACUUUCAGACAAACUAUUGAAACUCACAACGUGGAAAUUAAAGAUCGGAAUAAAUAUUGGGCUGAGACAUUACAGAGUCUUAGUAAGCGAAACAAAGAACUACUUCGUCAGAAACGAGCAUUGUUACUCGCGUAUCAAACUGAUACUCAAAAAUUAGAAGCUCAACUUCAAGCACAAAAGUUAGGUCAGGUUGAAGAGCUGGAUUCAAAAUCAAGGAUUUUUGAAAGUCACAUUGAAGAUGAGAACAAGAUUGAAAUUGAUUCAAAAGAAUCCGAGAAAAAAGUCCAUGCAGUUCCUGUUGGGGCUGCAGUGGCCACUGGAACGAUCGUUUACCGAAGAAAUUUAGAAGAUUUAGUUGAAAGUCACACACAGACUGAUGGAGACUAUGUUGUUGGUGCAUUCACUGUUGUGGAUGAGAAUGAGAGCAAAUGGAAGGAACGAUAUGAAAAAGAGAAAGAAGAUAAUCGAGAACAAAGUGAGAAAAUGGAAAGGGAAAUACAAGAAAUUCGAGCACUGCUUGCUUCUAGGGGGUCAUCUACUCAGGAGGAGAGGAAGGUCUAUGAAGAUAAAAUAAAAGUAUUGUCAAAGGAUUUAGCAAAAGCAAAAAUCGAAUAUGAAACAACAUACAAGUUUCUACAAUCUAUCAUGGCCGCUAUUGACAGUGAAGAACAAUUCGCAAAAGCAAUGAAAAAAGUUGAAGAUGACAGAGCAAUAAUGCGUGAAGAACAAGAAAGAAUUGAAAAGGAAAUAAAAGAUUGGGAGGAAAAAUGGAAGAAGAAUCAUGGAGGAAAAUUACCAGAUGAAAAUGAAAAACCUGAUGCAGCUAAAGAGCUCGACACUCAACUGGCCGAAGUAAAUCAAGUUCUAUCAGACUUGGACAAGCAAGAACAGGCUCUUAUCAUGCUGAGGAAAGGACAAAUUCCUGAAGCAAGUCCAGACGUCCCUGAACCUAUGGUGACCACGAUCGAAGUUCGUGACCCAAAGUUGGUUGCUGAGCUUGAAACCAAUAAAUCUCAGGUCAAAUUUCUGGAAGAAAAAUUGGAAAAAGCUAAUGAUGAUCUGGAAAAAAUGUCUGAUCUUGAAAGCGAUAACAUCGAUCUCAAAGACAAAAUCGAACGCUACGAAAAAGAAAUGGAAGCCAUGAGGAAAAUUCCUAUUGCCUCUACCGUCGCUCUUGGAGCCGCAGUUGCUGCAUCAUCGGACGAUCAAGAACUCCAGAAUGAAUUGGAAGAAGCAAGAACGGAAAUUGAAGAACUCAGAAACCAACUCAACAUCGCCAGAUUAGAAGGGGGUGGUGAUUUCUCCGGAGAUAUGAUUGGUGGAGCUAAUGAGGAUGUAGAGGAACUAAUGAAGAAAAUAGAAGAACAUCAAUCCCAAAUCGAUGAAUUGGAAAAGAGUUUAAGAAAUGAGAGAGAAACCGUUGAAGAUCUGAGAGCUGAAACCGGUCGAAUCCAGUCAGAACUGGAUGAAGCCAGAUCAAACUUGCAAGAUAAUGAAGAUGGUGUUAAUGCAAAAGUAUUGGCUGCCACUGCUGUCUUAACUGCUUCUGUUAAAGAUAAAGAAAAUGAAAUAAAGGAACUGAAUGAUAAAGUCGAAGAACUUGAGAAAGCUAGAAUCCAAAAUAUGGAUAUUGACUCCAAAACAGAGAUAGAAAGAGCUCAAAAAGAAACAAAAAUGGCCAAAACCAAUUCAAACAAGUUGAAAAAAGAGAAAGAAGAACUCGGGCUUGAGCUUGCUGCAAAUAAACAGAAGAUGAAAUCUUUGGAUGAAAAAAUUGCUGCUUUCACUGUUCAAGAGACUUCGUAUCGAGCAGAGAUCGAAUCAACUAGAAAAGCAAAACAGAAAGCUGUUAAAGAUUGUGAAACGAAAUUUGCUGAAAAAGAAAGAAAAAGAAAGCUGAAGAUGACGCUAAAAAUAAGCUUCUUGAAAACAAGAUUCGUCGUCUUGAAGCUGCUGCAGCAGCAGGAGUGGCUGCAGGAACAGCUAAGAAAGCUGCAGGUUCACCAACUGUUGAUCCAAAUAUGGAAAGAAAGAUGCAGAGAAUGGAAGCCCAGGUUGGUUUUCAUAGUAUUUUAUCAGGCUCUCAGAAGUCUUACGGAAUUCAAGCGUCAGAAAGCCGAUGAUCAGAACAGAAUCAAAGAUCUUGAUCGUGAAUUGAAAGAAGCUAAAUCAGCUGCCAAGUCUACAGCUGGUGAUAAAGAAAAGAAGGCAGUGGAGAAAAAAGUCAAGGAUUUGGAAAAGAAACUUGAAAUGGAAACGAAGAAAUUUGAGAGAGAAUUGAAACGAGCAAAUGAGUUGUCAGAUGAGCUUGAACAACUGAAGAAAGAAUUCAAUGAUUUGGAAAAGAAACAUAAAGCCUUGCUUGAAGAGUGUGCCCAGUUGUCUUCUGCAGCAGAGGCAGGAGCAGAAGCUGCGGAAAAAGUCAUGGCGUUGGAAAAUGAAACAAAACAACUGACAGCAGAAGUCAAGACUCUUACUGAUAAUUAUAAUAGUGAGAGAGUCUUGAGGAAGAAGUAUUACAACAUGGUAGAGGAUAUGAAAGGCAAAAUUCGAGUCUAUUGUCGAUAUCGUCCAAUGAGCAAAACUGAGAUGGGCAACAAUAAUAAACCGGUCGUCAGAACACCGGAUGAAUAUACAAUACAGGUCGAUGCUCGCGGAACGAUGAAAGAAUUCCAGUUCGAUCAAAUUUUUACAGAUGAAUCCACACAGGGCCAGAUAUUUGAGGAUACUUUCAACCUGAUUCAAUCAGCAGUGGAUGGUUUCAAUGUCUGUAUCUUUGCUUACGGACAAACUGGAUCUGGUAAGACCUAUACAAUGAUAGGUGACGGUGCUCAAACUCAACCCGGUAUCGCUCCAAGAGCUUUCAAGAGAAUUUUUGACCUGAUUGAUGAAAAUAAAUCAAAAAUGAAAUUCGAGGUAUCAUGCUACAUGCUUGAACUAUACAACGACAAUUUACUUGACUUACUUGUUGGUAAAGGAAAUGAUUCUGGAAAGAUGGACAUUAAAAAGGAUAAGAAAGGUAUGGUAUACGUUCAAGGAGCUACCGUACAAAAAGCUGCAAAUUCUGAUGAACUGUACAGCAUAUUUGAAAAGGGAAGCUCGAGCCGGCAUGUUGCUUCUACCAAAAUGAAUGCAGAAAGCUCUCGGUCUCAUUUGGUUAUAGCAAUUAUAAUGGAAAGUGUUAACCUAACAACUGGAGCCAUUACUCGAGGAAAAUUAAGUUUGGUGGAUUUGGCAGGAAGUGAAAGAGUUGGAAAAACUGGCGCAAGUGCUCAGCAAUUAAAGGAAGCUAAUUCUAUCAAUAAAUCUUUAUCUGCACUUGGUGACGUCAUUUCUGCUUUAUCCAGUGAACAAUCUUUUAUUCCGUACAGAAAUAAUAAGCUGACAAUGCUGAUGCAGGAUUCGAUUGGAGGAAAUGCAAAAACGCUUAUGUUUGUCAACAUCUCACCUGCUGAUUAUAACGCUGAUGAAACUGCAAUUUCACUCACGUAUGCUUCCCGUGUGAAACUAAUCACAAACGAUGCAUCUAAGAAUGCAGAAAGCCGAGAAGUCGCAAGAUUGAAGACAAUCAUCUCAAAAAUGAAAUCUGGAGAUUCAGUAGAGGAAGAUGAGUGAUUUCAUCAUCAGAUCGAGCUUGAUUGGGUAUUGAAAUAAGCAAAUCAUGUACGUUUCAAGUAUGGUUGUCGUGAAGCUUAAAAUUUUUUUGUAUAUUAUUUAAUCAGUGGUUUUCGAAUAUAAUAAUGAAAACAAAAAUUUUACAGAGUUUGACACAAUAUAGUGCAGUAAUUUAUACCAUAUUUUGCAUUGACAUCAGUAAUGAAAUUUUGUUUUUACAAUACUAAAAUAACAUUUCCAAAUUAUUCAUAUAAUGUUACACUCAAUAAAUGUUUAAAAAUGACCAACUAAAAUUACCUAUAUUCACGAUAAGCCAUGGCCCCUUCACUCCAGUGCUCCUUUGUUAUUGUUGCUCAAUUUUUUCUCCCUAAUUAUCGCUUAUUAAAGUGCAACGGUUUUCAUAUUUUUGUUCAUAAUAAUUAAAUUUGGAAAUAAUUUCAUAUAUCUUCAAAAAAAGGCUUAUUUUCCAUUUUUUAUCACUGUUCCCUCAAGUUUCCUAAUUUCCACUGUAGAAGUUCCACUGUAAUAAUGCAAUAUCAAGUUGUGAUUUAAUGUGUAUUGUAGAAAAUGUUCUUAAGUACUUUUGUAUUUGCAUAACCGGUUAUUUCUGGUUUCAUCCAGCAGUAUAUUUUUUAAUUUGAGUUGUUGUUGACCGUCGUUCACUGUAUGUGUUGAUUUGGGCAGACUCGUAACUAUGCUUCUUCCAAACUUCUUUCAAAAACUUAAAUUUUCCAUACCUUUAUAAAUGUAUAAGAAAAUUAUAUAGAGGCUUCAAACGUUGACUAAUAUGGUCUUCUUUCUACCAUUUGUACAAGAAAUUACCAUGAAAAAGUCUGGUAAAGAAAAUUAGAGUCACCCCAGCAUUGGCCAUUCUAAACUUUCAUUUAAAUUCAUAUAUUAUUUUCUAUUAUUUUAAAAGUAGUGAGAUUUUUUAUUUUUAGUCCACUGUAUAUUUCGAUGUAGUGCAAUUAUACAAAUAUCAUUACUUGUCUUGAAAUUCGCAACGGCUCUUUGGCUUUCUCUUUUCCAAAAAUGGGGAAAAAAUCAUAUUUCAUAUAUCGCAUUCAACUCCGUAUAUAGGUAAAUAAGCGUAACUUUAAAAUAAAGGAGAAUAUGUUGUUGGGUAAUUAUUGUUCAUAAAAAUUUCAUUUGGUAUUUCUUAAUCAUGGUUUAAUUCAUUUAUUAGUUUAUUCAUCGAUUUCAUUUAAAUUUAACACCGUAGCGUUUAUGGCUUAAAAAGAUCCCAACACCCGACUAACACUAGUCUGCGAUUUAAUAUCUUAUUACCAGUUCCCAAUAAAAAUUUUAUUUUAUGGCAAAGUUCCUUCACUCCACAAUAUUAAAAAUUGUUCUAAGUGUAUAUAUACACUCCUGCUUUAGACAGUUACAAGGGUGCUCCCGAAGUAUGCGAACCAAGAUGGCGGACAUCGGAACGUAACAUGGGUAACAGGUUAGGGUUAGGCGAUAAUUUUUUUCCAAUCUUAGUCCUACUAUCAGUUCGAAGACUAGCCAAGAGCCUCCCGUAGUAUUUAUACCUAAAACUAUGGCCUAACCCUAACCUAGUACACAUAUUACAUUCCGAUGUCCGCCAUCUUGGUUCGCAUACUUCGGGAGCCUCGUUACAAGACAUCAGAUACAUUUGUAUAAAGAUUUUAUGAAUGUACUGCAGCACUGAUACAUUUUUUGGCGACCCAGAAGUGUGUGUACCAGGUAACUAAUUUUGUUCGCCUAUCUCAUGUUACUCCUCAUCAAGUUGUAUAAAGGGACUGAAACCUGUGGACAGCGGGUAUAUUCAUUUGGCUAACACAGACAGUAC